AGCACUUCCGGAGCUGCGGGGACAGCUCCGCCGGAGGGAAGCAGCGCGGGCCCCACCGACCGGCGUCGGCCCGCCGCCCUCGCCGCCCCUUCCUGCGCCGCUGCGUCCUCAUCGCACCGCUCCGGCCCGGCCCGACCCGGCCCGGCGCGGUCUGGCCUGCUUGGGCCCCGCGGCCACGGGGGCCGCCGGUUCCCGAUGGAAAUCAUAUGAGAUAGAAUACUUUGGUGACAUUUACUUGAAAGAUCUUCAAGAAUUACAGAAAACAAAAAACACUAAUGAAUUUGAGAAAGCGGUAAAAUUUUGGGGGAGGGGGACAAAGCAACUGCUUUCCUGAUCUGCAACUUGGCUGGAUGCUAAGAUGUCCGUGGACAUGAAUAGCCAGGGGUCUGACAGCAAUGAAGAGGACUAUGACCCAAAUUGUGAAGAGGAGGAAGAGGACGAGGACGAGGACCCUGGGGACAUAGAGGACUAUUAUGUGGGAGUAGCCAGUGAUGUGGAGCAGCAGGGAGCCGAUGCCUUUGACCCGGAAGAGUACCAGUUCACCUGUUUGACCUAUAAGGAAUCCGAGGGUGCCCUCAAUGAACACAUGACCAGCUUAGCCUCUGUCCUAAAGGUAUCUCAUUCAGUUGCUAAACUUAUAUUAGUUAAUUUCCACUGGCAAGUCUCAGAGAUUUUGGACAGAUACAAAUCCAAUUCUGCUCAGCUGCUUGUAGAAGCUCGAGUUCAGCCUCAUCCAUCAAAACAUGUCCCCCCUUCUCAUCCCCCCCACCAUUGUGCAGUAUGUAUGCAGUUUGUACGGAAGGAAAACCUGCUGUCUUUGGCCUGUCAGCACCAGUUUUGCCGCAGCUGCUGGGAGCAGCACUGCUCAGUGCUUGUCAAGGAUGGCGUGGGCGUGGGAGUCUCUUGUAUGGCUCAGGACUGUCCCCUUCGUACACCAGAGGACUUUGUGUAUCCCUUGCUUCCCAAUGAAGACCUGAGAGACAAAUACAGGCGCUACCUCUUCAGGGACUAUGUGGAGAGUCAUUACCAACUCCAGCUGUGCCCUGGUGCAGACUGCCCCAUGGUUAUUCGAGUGCAGGAACCUAAGGCUCGCCGAGUGCAGUGCAAUCGGUGCAACGAGGUCUUCUGUUUCAAGUGUCGUCAGAUGUAUCACGCCCCCACAGACUGCGCCACAAUCCGGAAAUGGCUCACGAAGUGUGCAGACGACUCUGAAACGGCCAACUACAUUAGUGCCCACACUAAAGACUGUCCCAAGUGCAACAUCUGCAUCGAGAAGAAUGGAGGCUGCAAUCACAUGCAAUGCUCCAAGUGUAAACACGACUUCUGCUGGAUGUGUCUGGGAGAUUGGAAGACGCAUGGCAGUGAAUACUAUGAGUGCAGUCGGUACAAGGAGAAUCCUGACAUUGUGAACCAGAGCCAACAGGCCCAGGCCAGGGAGGCCCUCAAGAAGUACUUGUUCUACUUUGAGAGGUGGGAAAACCACAACAAAAGCCUGCAGCUAGAAGCACAGACAUACCAGCGCAUCCACGAAAAGAUUCAAGAGAGGGUUAUGAACAAUCUAGGGACUUGGAUCGACUGGCAAUAUCUACAGAAUGCUGCCAAGCUCUUGGCCAAGUGUCGAUACACCCUGCAAUACACCUAUCCGUAUGCCUACUACAUGGAGUCUGGACCCAGGAAGAAGCUGUUUGAAUACCAGCAGGCUCAGCUAGAGGCAGAGAUCGAAAACCUCUCCUGGAAAGUGGAACGUGCUGACAGCUAUGACCGAGGGGACUUGGAGAACCAGAUGCACAUAGCGGAGCAGCGGAGAAGAACCCUGCUCAAAGAUUUCCACGACACCUAAGUUGGGACGUGAACGUGCUGGGGUGAAGAUGUGGCUGCCAUGCUGCACGCUACAGGCUCUGCCCUUCACUACCCCGGCAACAGCCAGGGCCCCACUCCUGAGAGACACUGGCAACACUUCUUAGUCAAUUUCUGUUUUCUUCUCAUCUUUUUGCUUUUUGUUUCUACCAGGGUAGAGGCCAUAUUGAAUUGGCCUCUUUUCAGGACUUUCACUUCCCCCUGGAUGGUUGUUGGGAGGGAGGGAGAAUUUUUUCUGAAUGGCUAUUAAUAGUAUUAGAUCAUUACAACUUACGUAAUUUUCAGAGUUGUACAAUUAUACAACAGCAACAACAAAAGACAAACCAUAGGAUAACACAAAGCCCUUUUUAAAAAUAAAUUGUCAUUGGAGUGUUU